UGCUGGUAUAGAAAAGUAGCACAGAGGGAUGUAUUGUACAGGACAGAGGUUGCUCUCAGGUCCUAGAUCUAAUCUGCUUGCCUUUUAAGCCAUACUGUCUGAGGAGUACAGGUUACUGCUUCUCAGCUAACAGCCAUGGCUCUUGGACUCAUUUUCUGGGUUUCCUGUAUUUCUUUACUAUUUGAUAGUAAUGGUGGUUCGCCAGCUAUAAAAGGCCAUGGGCAUAGAUAUGGAUAUCUGUAUCCAAAUAAAGCAGAGCCACGUGACCUAGUGGAUGAUGGAGAUGAUGACAUUUUGACCUCUGAUCAGGGUAACCAGCGGGCAGCAGACAACCAGCAAGCUGGAUUUGUGUACAAAAGCUAUAACAAACGUUUGACUAAACAACAGCAGACUCAACAAAAACAGGCGAACCCACAAAUCGCCCCAAAGAUCGAGGGACUUGUUAAUGGUGAGACAAGACAAUGGGGGCUAGUAAACCCUAAUGAGCCACUCCUAUUCCCUUUAAAGUCCAGCUCUGAGGUAGCUAACCCAGCAAAGCCCAAACUAGCUGCUGUAAUGCCUCGCUCCGCAUCAUUUGUUUAUACAAGCACUAUGCCCCUCUCGACAAGCACUGGUCAAACUGCAUACUAUGAGCCUGCUUCAUCCUCAACCUUUCCGGCUGUGGCACCUCGCAGCUAUGAGUCCUGGCAGCCUGAACCAGUGAGCAAUGGUAAUGGGGUGGCUGAUUCAGGUUUUGAUUACCCAGGCCAGGACGCCGGCACAAUCUCCAGUGGAUAUAGCUAUCAUUCAAGAAAGAAACCCAAUCUUGUGUUUGAGGAGGUAUUUCGGUAUCCCUCUGAAAACCCCCAGCCUCCUCAAAGUACUGGUCCUGGCACUAAUGCUGUCGAAGGAUACGACCAAGCAGAUUACAUGAGCAGGGGGUCUGCAACUGGGCAAACCUCCACACCAGUGAAGCCAUCCUCUCCGAUUAACGUACGAGCCCAGCCUUUUUAUCAGUCUUGGAGGGGGGUUCCUUCUUUUUCGAAGUUCUUUGGAGGCAGGAAGCUUAAAUUUAAUAAGAUGUUCCGGCGGCCACAAAAUGCACUGUUCAGCCCCCCAUGGGUCAAGGUUCCCUCAAGGGUCAAGGUUUACCAGAGUGUCAUGGCUCCGUCUAGAGGUUAUCAACCAAUCUUUCAUAACCCACAUCCUUCAAGAUAUAUUGUCCGGUCCAGAAGCAGCUACCAGAGAGGAAGGUAUGUCCAAAGCAAAACCAGAUACACUCCGGAUUAUCCUCCCAAUGGCAUGGAAGGUGUCGAAGGGCCUGCACAGAGCUAACCCGCCGAACUGUUUGGCAUGGGAGUACACUCAAAGCUCUGGACAAGUGCUGGAGCUUUGCCUGCUGUACACGGACCGCACGCCUUCCCUCUGCCUGGACCACAGCUGAGCGCUUCUUUUUCAUUCGGAGUGACGUCGGAGAAGCCCGCCUUCACGUACCGUGGGAAUAUUUCACUCCAAGUUCAGCGCACGAUCAGAGGCGAUUCUUGCAUAAUCUAUGCAAAGAAAUUAAAGAAGUGAAAGGUGUAUUUUAUUGUGUUGGAAGACAUUUUUAUUUUUAGCA